AACAUGGCAACUACGAACAAUGUGACUGAACUCAUUCUCUUGGGGUUUUCCCCCAAUCAGGAUGUGCAGAAGACCAUUUCUGUGAUGUUUCUCCUCAUGUACACGGCCAUUGUGCUGGGUAACGGCCUCAUUGUGGUGACAAUCAUGGGCAACAAAGGGCCCACCUCCCCCAUGUAUUUCUUCCUCGGCUACUUGUCCUUUGUGGAGAUCUGUUACUGCUCUGUCACAGCCCCCAAGCUCAUCCUUGACUCUUUUAUUGAAAGGAAAAUCAUUUCCCUCAAAGGCUGCAUCACACAGAUCUUUUUCCUCCAUUUCUUUGGUGGCACUGAGAUCUUUCUCCUGACAGUGAUGGCCUAUGACCGCUAUGUGGCCAUCUGCAAGCCCCUGCACUAUACUGUCAUCAUGAACCGGUGUGCUUGUGGCCUCCUGGUGGGGGCAGCAUGGGGUGGGGGCUUGCUGCAUUCUGUCGGGCAAACAUUCCUUAUUUCCCAGCUGCCCUUCUGUGGCCCCAAGGUCCUUGACCACUACUUCUGUGAUGUCCACCCUGUGCUGAAGCUGGCCUGCUCAGACACCUUCCUCAUCGGUGUGCUAAUCAUCACCAAUGGUGGCUCCAUUUCAGUGAUCAGCUUCACGGUACUGCUUGCUUCCUACGUGGUCAUCCUGCACGCCCUGAGCACCCAGACCUCAGAAGUUCGGCGCAAAGCUCUGUCCACCUGUGCCUCUCAUGUUGCAGUUGUGGGCCUGUUCUUCAUACCCUGUUCCUUUGUCUACAUGAGGCCCUGUGUCACCCUCCCUGCAGACAAGAUAGUCGCUGUGUUUUACACAGUGGUCACACCUCUCUUAAACCCCAUCAUUUACUCCUUCAGGAAUGCUGAAGUGAAAAACGCCAUGAGGAGACUGACAGGGAGGAAAGUGAUCUGGAAAGAGAAAUAG